CCAAACGAGGCUUGAGACCGAGGCCAAUCAAAUACGCAGGAGACCCCCUUCUCCAAGAAAGCAUGAGAAUAUGCUUUGCUCUAUUAUGCGUGUGAACUACUCCGUACUUCUAUAUCCGUCAUUCCUCUCUCUCUCUCUCUCUCUCUCUCUUUCUUCCCAAUUCUCGUCCGUUCUUUCCACUUUCCUCUUGUAAUAAUCUUUGACAAUCGUUCAAAUGGAGCUUGUUCAGGAGCUGUUUAUUACGGCGUUUGUUGCCCUCAUCUUCUCCUUCUUCCUCGCCAAACUCGUCUCAACAGCUACCACCGGUGACUCCAAACGAGACCUGGGGUUGAAAGAAUCGAACGACGCAGUUCAUGAUGGACAGAUGGUACUCGUGGAGGAGAAGAAGUUCGACGGAGGAUUAAGAGUCCAGAGCAGUACUAGAAGCACGAGAAAAGUCCGAUUCGCCGACGAAUCCGUUCAGAAAGUAGAUAAAUUCGAAGCCUUUGACGAGAAACGGUGUCGUUCUGGCCAGAUUGAGGCAUUAGGCGUGCCAGUGGGGUCCACGGAGGGACAGUCGAAGGCGGUGGAGACAGUCGGUGGUGUUGUUGGGAUUAAGGAAGUGGAUGACGUGGCUGAUUUGGGUGGAUUGGUUGUUGAGGAAAAGGCGGAGGGUAGGGUUGAGGUAGUGGAGGAGGUCGGGGGAGCGUCGGAAGGAGAAUUGGGGAGGGAGGCGGCGGGUAUGGGCGGCGUUGGGGUUGGUGGAAUUAAGGAUGGAGGGUUGGUGGGUAAUUUGGAUGGUUUGGUUGUUGAGAGAGAAGGUAGUGAGGGAAAAGUGGGGGAUGAUGUUGAAAGUGUCAGUAUCAAGGAAGAAGGGGUAAUGACUAGUUUGGAUGGUUUGGUUGUUGAGAGAGAAGGUAAUGAGGGAAGAGAGGAUGGUGAUGUUGGAAGUGUUAUUAUUAAGGAAGAAGGGGUAGUGACUAGUUUGGAUGGUUUGGUUGUUGAGGAAGAAGGUAGUGAGGGAAAAGAGGGGGAUGGUGUUGAAACUACUAAGGAAGGGGUAGUGACUAGUUUAGAUGGUUUGGUUGUUGAGGAGGGUGGUGAGGGAAGAGAGGCGGAUGAUGUUGAAAGGGUUGUUAAGGAAGGUGAUGGAGGGACUAAUUGGGAUGGAUUGGGUGGGAAGGAAGGGGGUGAGAGAAAAGAGGCGGAUGAUGUUAACGAAGGAAAUGAGAAAGAAGAUGCGGGUGAUAUUGGAAAAAGAUGUGAGAGAAUAAAGGGUGAUGAUAUUGAGAGUGAGAAUAAGGAAGAGGGUUUGGUGACUGAUUUGGAUGGAUUGAUUGACGAGGAAGGUGGAAAAGAGGCGGAUGAUGUUGAGAGUGUGGUUAAGGAAGGAAGCCCAAUGGCUGAUUUGGUAUUUGAAGGAAAAAUCGUCAAGAACGCGGAUGGGGAUGUGGGUGAUGUUGAAAAUGUUGUUAAGGAAGGAAAUGAAAUGGAUGUUUUGGGUUUCGAAGGAACCAUUGUUGAGAAUGCGGAUGCUGGUUGUAAGAUUGAUAGUGGGUCAGCGAUUGAUGACAUUGCAGUCGCUCAAGAUGCUAAGGUUAGUGAUGUGGAGAGUGGGAUUGAAGGGGGAUUGAAUAAGGGAGAUGUAAAGGAGGAGAAAUCGGUUGGUGGUGAGGAAGAUGAUGAUUGGGAGGGGAUUGAGAGGAGCGAGUUGGGUGAGGUUUUUGCUGCAGCUGCUAAGUAUGUUGCCAGUGGGGGAAAGGAUGACCGGUUGUCGAGUAUGGGUAGUGAUGUUCAGAUGCAGUUGUAUGGGCUUCAUAAGGUUGCCAUGGAAGGGCCUUGUCAUGAGCCUCAACCCAUGGCGAUUAAGAUCUCUUCCCGUGCCAAAUGGAAUGCGUGGCAAAGGAUGGGGAACAUGGAUCCAGAGGUUGCUAGGGAGCAGUAUAUUGCCUUACUUUCAGAUAAAGUUCCAGGAUGGAUGGAAGGAAAAUCAUCUGGAGAUGAUUGUGCAGACUCUUUAGAAUCUGGAAUACAUGCUGCUCCAUCUCGUGAAAUAAGCACCGAUCUGCACAGUCAACAUCAUUCUACAAAGAAAAGAGAAUUGGAAGAUUAUGGCGCUGAUGGAGGUGUAUGACUGGGGGCUCGAACUCUGUAAAUAAAGGGAUAAUUGACAAAGAUUGAUAAUAAGCAUUGGGUUGCUUGUUGAUUUCCCCUGACAUGGGUUUAUUCUUCUGCCUUUGCAUCACAAGGAGGAAGACUAGUUCAUCCUGCCAAGCACAAGGAGUGUGUGAUUAGUAAAAGUAUUGCUAGCUGUCGUGCCAUUUCCAUUGUUCUUCGUUUUAGUUUUCUAUUGUUCUGUAUUUGAAUUUGAUUUCUCCCGACGUGGGAUGUCUAUGAAUAUGGUUGUGAAUGCUGCAUAUACGUGUAUACAAGUCAUUUGUCUCUCCAAAGAUCCAUCACGAAUUAGUAAGUAAAUAACUGAUGGUUGCUCUUAUUUUAA